GCCCGGAGACCGACGGGAACCAGCGCCCGGGGUCCGCGCCGCCCCCCGCCCCUCCCGAGCAGGCGCCCCAUGGCCCAGCCACGCUGAUUCCUCCCCCGGCCAUGCUCCCGCGGCCCCUGCGGCUGCUCUUGGACUCGGGCCCCCCCGGGGGAGUCGUGCUGAGCAGCUUCCGGAGCCGGGACCCCGAAGAAGAUGGGGUUCCUGGGGCCCAAGGCGUGGGCGGGGGGCAGGAGGAAGCGGAGGAGGAGGAGGAAGAGGUGAGGCGCGGUUGGCAGGAGGCCCCAGUGUCUGUCUGGGAUGAGGAAGAGGAAGAUUCCACCUUCACGGUCUCGAGCCGCCAAUACCGGCCUCUUGCACCCUUGGCCCCCACACCUCCCCCGCGUGCCUCCCGACGUCUCCGGGCCGGCACUCUGCAGGCCCUGGUCAGACAUCUGCUGGAUGCCCGGACUUCAGGGGCUGACGUGACCUUCACCCCGACCUUCCUGGCCACCCACCGGGCCUUCACCUCCACGCCUGCUCUGCUGGGGCUCAUAGCUGACAGGCUGGAAGCCCUUGAGUCUCAUCCUACCGAUGAACUCGAGAGGACAACAGGGGUAGCCAUCUCUGUCCUGUCAACCUGGCUGGCCUCUCACCCUGAGGAUUUUGGCUCUGAGGUCAAGGGUCAGCUUGACCGGCUUGAGAGCUUCUUCCUUCGGACCGGGUAUGCAGUAGGGGAGGGUGCUGGGGGGGGCAGCGCAGAACUCAUCCGCAAACUCCGGUCCCGGGUGGACCCCCAGGCCCCCGACCUUCCUAAGUCCCUGGCCCUCCCCGGCGACCCCCCUGCUGACCCCACGGAUGUCCUGGUGUUCCUCGCUGACCACUUGGCCGAACAGCUGACCCUGCUAGAUGCGGAGCUGUUCCUCAAAUUGGUCCCCUCUCAGUGCCUGGGAGGCCUGUGGGGUCACAGAGACCGGCCGGGACAUUCCCACCUCUGCCCAUCUGUCCGGGCCACUGUCACCCAGUUCAACAAGGUGGCAGGGGCAGUGGUCAGCUCUGUCCUGGGGGCCACCUCGGCCGGAGAGGGGCUUGAGGAGGUGACCGUACGGCCACUGCGCCCACCACAGAGGGCCCGGCUCCUGGAGAAGUGGAUCCGUGUGGCAGAGGAGUGCCGCCUCCUCCGAAACUUCUCUUCUGUUUACGCCGUUGUGUCGGCCCUGCAGUCCAGCCCUGUCCACAGGCUUCGGGCAGCCUGGGGGGAAGCAGCCAGGGACAGCCUGAGAGUCUUUUCCGGACUCUGUCACAUUUUCUCCGAAGAGGAUAAUUACUCCCAGAGCCGAGAACUGCUCCUUCAGGAGGGGAAGCUGCAGCCCCCUCUGGAGCCCAGCUCCAAGAAGUCCCCGAGGUCUGGCUCCCGGGGCGGGGGUGUCGUCCCAUACCUCGGAACCUUCCUGAAGGACCUGGUGAUGCUGGAUGCAGCCUCCAAGGACGAGCUGGAGAAUGGCUACAUCAAUUUCGACAAGCGCAGGAAGGAGUUCGCUGUCCUUUCUGAACUGCGGCGGCUGCAGACCAAGUGCCAAGCCUAUGCCCUCCGGCCGGACCCCGACAUCCAGCAGUGGCUGCGGAGGCUGCGGCCCCUGACGGAGGCCCAGAGCCACCGGGUGUCCUGUGAGGUGGAGCCUCCGGGGACCAGUGACCCGCCUGCCCCACGGGUGCUUCGGCCAACACUGGUCAUCUCGCAGUGGACAGAGGUCCUGGGCUCUGUUGGGGUCCCCACCCCCAUGGCAUCCUGGGACCGGCGGCCCAGUGCUGGGGGAGAUGAAGCACCAGGAGCCCCUGCUCCUCUGCUGACCCGGCUAGCCCAGCACGUGAAGUGGCCAUCGGUCUCCUCUCUGGACUCUGCCCUGGAAAACACUGCCUCCCUGCACAGUCCCGCCGACCCCAGCCACCUCUCUCCUCCAGCCUCCUCUCCGCGGCCUCCCCGAGGUCACCGCCGAUCUGCCUCCUGUGGCACCCCCCUCGGUGGAGGAGAAGGGACCCCCAGGGGCACUGGCUCUGGAGGAGGGGGGGCUGGGCCAGGGGCCUCCGACUGCCGAAUCGUCCGCGUCCAGAUGGAGCUGGGGGCAGACGGCAGUGUCUACAAGAGCAUCCUGGUGACCAGCCAGGACAAGGCCCCAAGUGUCAUUAGCCGUGUCCUGAAGAAAAACAAUCGUGAUUCUGCAGUGGCUUCAGAGUAUGAGCUGGUGCAGCUGCUGCCCGGGGAGCGAGAGCUGACCAUCCCACCCUCGGCUAACGUCUUCUAUGCCAUGGACGGAGCAUCACACGAUUUUCUUCUGCGUCGGCGACGGAGGCCCUCAGCUGCCACAGUGGGUGCCGCCAGCGGCCCCUCUGCCUCAGGAACACCCCCAAGUGAGCGGGGAGGGGGCUCUUUCCCCAGGAUCAAGGCCACGGGGAGGAAGAUUGCCCGGGCACUGUUCUGAAGAGGAAGCCCUAUCAGUUCACAGGAGACAGGGUGGUCAUACCGGAUGCGGGAGCCAGGGAACCUGGCAGUCACUUGCAUUGGGACAGAAAUCCUAAAAGGUGGCCAGCUACCCUGGAGCCGUGAAGUGUCACUGGUUUACCAGAGGAGCCAUGAGCUGGAGCGCUGUGGAAAUGAGCAAUCUUGGUAACCAAGUUGGAUGCCUACGGCCCCACACCAUCCGUGAAGCUGAUGCUGGCCAAAAGGGUCAGUCCUGAUUCCUGACCACAGCCUGGCAUGCCAAAGGCCAAGGAGAGGCCUGGAGGCUCUGAGCCCCAGGGGGGCGUCAGUGGCAAGGCGGGUUUUUCCCUGACACUGAGGGUUUUGUCACUCUGACUACACUAAGAUAAUAAAUCGAGACACUA